UCCAGUCACUGCGCAGGCGGAGACGAGGAGAGACGCGCACGGAGAGGAGAGUAAAGAAGAGGACUUUUAAUACUGUUCUUGCGUUUUCAUUCGGAGUUACUGGCCCACGAAAAGUGGCUGAAGCUUUCAGAAAGAUGAGUAUGCACGGAUCUCAGACCAGACUGCACACGACCGGACGCAGAUCCGGCUCGCGGACCGAUCUCACCACGGGUUUCAGGACUGAUGGUGGGCAGGUGUUCAUGGGUAGUAAUGGAUACCCGUCGGACAACUACGUGCAACAGGUCACUUCGCAGUCUUUCUCCAGAAACUCACAAGGAGGAGGAGGAGGAGGAGUAGCACGGACAAUGUCAUCAUCCUCCAUGUCUGUUCAGAUGAAAGCUCAGAUUCUUUACAACAAAUGUAUGAACUAUAUGGAUCAAGCUCAAAUCAUCCUGGAUAACAUGGGACCGGCGGCUGAAGUGGACAAAAACAUGGUUGCAGCUCUGGAGUACAUGAACCAGCUUGAAAUGUGUGGCCAGGAAUCAAAGAUGUCCGGUCAAUCCUCUGACAUGAUAUUUAGCGGGUUAGAGGAAUGCUAUACCAGACAUCUCGGCAUCAGAAACUCAAUCACAGGAACGAUGAGGAGGGGCGGCACCGUAAUGAACACCAAUGUUAGCACCAUCAACACUGGCAUGAGCGCUGGUAUGAACACCGGCAUGGGCAUGAACAACGGCAUGGGCAUGAACACCGGCAUGGGCAUGAACACCGGCAUGACCACCGGCAUGAGCACAAUGAACUGGGGGGAAUCUCACAAGAGCGUACAGGACGCAUUAGGAUGGAUCAACCAGAAGAAGCGCCUCAUCGAGACCGCACCCUUUGGCGAAGAUGAAAAUGUCAUCAAUCAACAAAUCGUGAACCACAACAGCUUUCAUAGUUCUAUUCAGAGAAGCCAAGAGGUGGACAGAGCACGAGAGGAGCUGAGGCAGAGCAGAGAUAAAGGUGGAGUUCAUGCCCUGGACCAAGAAUGGGAUACUUUACAGAAAAUGUCAAACACUCGGAUGGUUCACCUGAAAGAACUGCAGAACAUCCUCGAGGAGAUUUCCAGAGCCAUCAUGUGGGUGAAUGACAGAGAAGAAGAAGAACUGAUGUUUGAUUGGGGAGAUAAAAACAUUGAUUCCUACAUUCCAAAAAAACAAGAGAGCUACUCGAAAAUGAUGUGUGACCUGGAAGAAAAGGAGAUAGACCUGAACAAACUGAAGGCAAAGGUGGACGGCCUCUUGAGGAACCAACACCCGGCGUCUGAUAAGAUACAGGCGUACAUGGACACAUUACAGACCCAAUGGAGCUGGAUAUUGCAGAUCACCAAUUGCAUUCAAGUCCACCUGAGAGAGAACGCUGCCUACAGUCAGUAUUUCAAGGAGGCAACUGAGACGUACACCAGACUGCAGAAAGACGACGAGAGCAUCCGUAAGAAGUUCAUCUUUGACACGAAUACACCACUGGAGAACCUCACAGAAAUGGUCAAAGCCCUGGAGAAAGAAAAAGAGAGGAUCAUGGAGAAUAAGAGGCAGGUACAGACGCUGGUCAGCAAGUCCAAGAACAUCGUGUGUCUGAAGCCUCGGAACCCAGAGGACAAGAGCAGCAGUCCGGUCAUAGUGAAAGCUCUGUGUGACUACAAACAAGAUCAUAAAGGCAUUUUGAAGGACAACACAGGAAUUCUGAAGAACAACUCAGAGCGCUGUAAGUGGAACGUAACUGGACCUGGAGGAUUGGACAUGGAAAUACCAUCAGUGUGUCUGAUCAUACCACCACCCAACCCUCAGAGCAUCAACCUGGCCAACAAAAACGAGCAGUACUAUGAAGCCAUCAUGUCCAUCUGGAGUCAGCUGUACAUCAACAUCAAGAGCCUGAUCUCCUGGAAGUAUUGCAUGAAGGACAUUCAAUACAUUAACUCCCUCACAAUCUCCAUGCUGUCUCAAAUGCGCCCCGAGGAAUAUCGCAACAUUAUCAAGAGUCUGGAGGGCCGCUAUAUGGAGUUUAUACAUAACAGUCAGGGCUCCAACAUGUUUGGAGAAGAAGACAGGAGACUCAUCGAGCAGCAAUACACGGGAGCACAGACGCAUUAUGACAACCUGGUCAUCCAGCUCCCCAUCUUCAGGGAGAACACGACUGUAACAGAUUCGAAAAAUGUUCCGAAAGAAGUGAACCAGAAAGUGGAGGAGAAGAAUGGAGGGACGACGAUCAAGGUGACAAAUAACAAGGUGUCGAAUACCACAGUGACGAACAGCUCCGGACUGAACUUUGGGUUCAUGUCAGACCUGAGCGCUCUCAGAUACAAACUCGAGGCAGCGGAGGCAGGACUGAUUCAGGACCUUCAUGUGCCUCUGAAGGAGAACAGCGUACAGGACUGCUCAAAAAGACUUGUGCGGCUACAGGGUGUGCAUCGUGAUUUGGACUCUAUCCGAGACGAGUACCUGCGUCUGAGGGAAAAGAUCUUGAGAGAGCUGGAGGGAAGCACUAACGCAGAGCAGACACGGUACCUGCGCACCGAACUGGACCACAUCAACAAGAAACUGGGCAGCUUGCAAGGCUUCUCGACGGCUUAUAUCCAAAGGCUCACGUCUCUUCAGGCUCUGCUGCAGAGUCUCCUGCAGGCUGAGGACGUCAUUAAAGUCCACGAAGCCCGUCUUACAGAGAGAGAAACGUCUUCUGUGGAUUCGGAUGAAGUUGAGAGAUACUGCAUGACUCUCAAGAACAUGAAAGCUGAUCUGGAGCAAAAGAAAGGUGUUUUAAAGACUAUGGAGUCUGAGCUGUCCAAGGCCAUCCAUUGGAACGGUCAGAUAGGUCAGUCUUUCCAUCAGUGCGACGUUGAUCUGUCCAAGUACACAGAACUGGUUGGGCAGAUGACUGACCGGUGGCGUCGAAUUGUGACUCAGAUUGAUAGCAGGACGUGGGACCUGGAAAAACAGUCAAAACAGUUAAGUCACUACAAGCAGACGAAUGGCAUGAUUAACAAAUGGAUUCAGGAGACACGUCACCGCCAAGAUGCCCUCCAGUUGACUAAAUUCAGCAGUGUGGAAAAAUUAAUGGAUCACCUGAACCAACAAAAAGCACUGUAUUCUGAGAUAAAAGGAAGAAAAGAAAAGGUGGAUGACGUGGUCAAAGAUUCUGACACAUGUGCUGCCUCCAUCAAGGACUUUGAGCUCCAGCUGGCUUCCUACAGUGCAGGUUUGGAGACGCUUCUCAACAUUCCCAUCAAGAGGACUAUGCUGCAGUCUCCAGCCACUGAACUGAGACAGGAGUCAACAGAGAUGCAGUCACAGUACAUCGAGCUCUUGACACGAUCAAGUGACUACUACAAAUUUCUUGGUGAGAUGCUGAAAAACAUGGAGGAGUUAAAGAUGAGAAACACUAAAAUUGAACUUUUGGAGGAGGAGCUGAGGCGUAUGAAGGAUAACAUCAAUGAUCAAAUGGCGAAGAACAAGUCAGUAGAAGAAAGUCUGACACGCAGUCGGCUGGAGCUCAACAAAUCCAAAGAACAGCUAAUAUCUCUGGAAGAGAUAAAGAGAACCCACCUCAUUCAAUGCAAUACUACUAAGGAUAGCCUGGACAGCACCCAGAAUCAGCUAAGGAGCUUACAAGACGAGGUGUCCCGCCUCACCUUAAACAUCGAAGAGGAGAAACGCAAGCGGAGGCUGGCUGAGGAGCGUUACACCACCCAGCAGGAACAGUAUGAUAUUACUAUACGCAGGAGACAGACAGAACUGGACGCUCUCAACCAGUCCAAGAGUCAAUAUGAAAGGGACAUCAAAGAAAAAGAGCGGGAGAUCGAAAGGCUGAAAUCGAAGCUGGACGAUGAAGCCUCCCGGCGCUCUGCAGCAGAGUCAGAGACCUCAAAGGUAAGAUCACAGUUGAGCCAGGAGAUUAAUAGCCUAAAGCAAACUCAUGAAUCUGAGAUCCACGUCACCAAGACCACCGUGCUCAUGGCGUCACAGCAGAAGGAUGAGGAAUCAAUGGCCCUAAAACUCCAGCUGGAUAGAUUAAAUUCUGAGAAAAGGGACCUAGAGGAUGAACUUAGAAAGGUGCAGCUCUCCGUCAGUCGCACAGAAGAAGCAAGGAGGAAAGCAGAGGCGGAUGCACUUCAGCAGAGAUCUUCAGCAACAGAGACGGGCAAGUUCAAGAAAGAACUGGAGUCAGAGAUUCAGAACAUGAGACGAUCAUGGGAAGAGAUCGAAACAAGACACAAGGUGGAACUGGCCGAGGCCAAUCGAGCAGCUCAGGAUAAGAUCCAUCAGAUUAACGUGUUGACACAGAACCUGCAAGAUGAGGCCAGAAGAAAGAAAGCCCUGGAGGUUGAGAACCAAAGCCUCAGACAAUCUCAAAGCGAACUUCUCACUAAGCACACUUCCACCACCGAGACCAUUAACAAGCUGAAGAUCACUGAGCAAGAGAUACUGGUCAUGAAGAGAGAGAUGGAGAAGCAAACAAAUGAGAGGAGCAAGUUGGAACAGAACACCACCAGACUCCAGAGUCGCAUCAAUCAACUGCAGUCCCAGGUCAAUGAGUUGCAGGUUGAACUGGAAACAGAGAGGAGAGGCGCACAGGAUGAGCUCACAAAGAGAAAAAGAAUCGAAAUUGAGCUGGAGAGGGUUAACCAGACGUGCCGUGAAUACACCACUACCAUCAGCACUCUUCGGUCUAAUCAGGAAAAAGAAAGUGUUUCCGGCCGCAAAUAUGACCAGGAGAUUCGUGGUUUACGUGACGAGUUGGAUAAAAUUCGGAAGGAGUAUAAGGUCACUCUAGAUAAUUUGACUAGGGUGACGGUUGAAUUGAAGGCCUUGCAGCAGCAGCUUGUACAGGAACAGGCCCGUGUCCGGGAGGCGAACCAGCGCAACGAUUGUCUCUAUAAGACUUUAGAGGACAAGAGUAGGGUGCUAAAUGAAAACACCACUGAGAUUGAGAAGCUGCAAAGCAGCACUCAGAAUCUUACCAAGGAACGUCUGCGGCUAGAGGAAGAGCUGAGGAGUGUGCGAAUGGAGAGGGAUGACUUUAAACGAGGCCUGAGCACCAUCGAGAGCGAAAGUGCAUCACGCUUGUCGGCCAUUCAGUUCCAAUUGCAAACCACCAAUAACAGGGCACUGGAACUGCAGGAACUUAUCAAUGAACUGACUAAAGAGAGAGAAAGUUUAAGGGUCGAAAUUGCUCAAAUCCAAAAGCAAUUCUCUGAGACAUCGGUGAUGAUUCAAAGGUCUGAGACCCACUACAAAGAAGUCGUCAUAGAGAGAGACAAUCUCUUAGCAAAACUGAAACUAUUGGAUCAGGACAAAGGAAAGCAGCAGCGCUAUGAAGAGGAGCUCAGACGCAUCAAAAUCUCCUUGGAAUCCGAAACGACGCAAAAGAAACGCUACCAAGAUGAAAUUGAAAAAAAUUCAAAAGACUUCAUGCACUGGAAAAGCCAGUACGAGUUAAAAGAAGGGCAGAUCAGGCAGAGCGAAUUAGAUAAAGACAAAGCAGAGAGAGACAGGGCCUCCUUGAGGAGUGAGAUCCAGAGACUGACUGCUGAGCUGAGGAGUGUGGACGAACGCUACAAGACUCGUAUUCAGAGCUCAGAGAGGGAAAUCUCAGAGCUCACUCGUCUAAGGGAGUCGCUAGAAAUAGAGCUGAGGAGGUUGCAGCAGCGUCCAGUUGCAUCAGUUAAGUGUACACAGACUGAUGAGAUCGCUAAACCUCAGGGGUCGACGAAUGUGACCGUAAAAGGCAUUCGUAAUGAUGUUACGAUUCCAGAGCUUCUAGAUUCCAAUUUACUUAGUCAAGCAGAUUUGGAUCAAAUUAAUCAAGGAAAGCUUACAGGCAAAGAUAUUGAGGAGAGGCUCAAAAAGUACCUUGGUGGUUCUUCUUGUAUUGCUGGUAUUUACGAUGAGGCCAACAAUAGUGUCAUGUCCAUUUACCAGGCCAUGAAAGACGGACUACUCCGACGGGGAACCACACUAGAGCUACUCGAGGCCCAGGCUGCUUCCGGUUUCAUUGUCGAUCCAGUCAACAAUAUCUGCAUGACAGUAGAUGAGGCAUGGAGGAGAGGUCUUGUAGGAAAGGAGUUUAAAGACAAACUUCUGUCUGCUGAGCGGGCUGUCACAGGAUACAAAGAUCCCGCAACUGGAAAAACAAUUUCGCUCUUUCAAGCUAUUGAAAAAGAAGUGAUCGAAAGGGGUCAUGGCAUUAGACUGCUGGAGGCUCAGAUAGCCAGUGGAGGAAUCAUCGAUCCUAAAGGCAGUCAUCGAAUUGAAGUGGACAUGGCCUACAAGAAAGGUUACUUUGAUCAUGUAAUGAAUGACAUUUUGUCAUAUGAGGGUGACGACACCAAAGGCUUCUUUGACCCCAACACUCAGGAAAACUUAACGUAUCUGCAACUAAAGAAGAGGUGCAUGACCGAUCCCAAGAGCGGCCUCAUCCUUUUACCUUUGAAAGACAAGACAAAGCCAAAGCAGACAACAACUCAAAAGAACACACUACGCAAGAGAAGAGUGGUAAUUGUAGACCCUGACACAGGAAAAGAGAUGACUGUUCGGGAAGCGUACCACCGGGAGCUGAUUGACUAUGACACUUUCCUGGAACUUUCUGAACAGGAGUGCGAGUGGGAAGAGAUCACGAUCUCAGGAUCUGAUGGCAGCAAGCGAGUAGUUCUUGUCGAUCGCAAGACUGGAAACCAGUAUGACGUUCAAGAUUCACUAGAUAGGGGCAUUAUUGAUAGACAAAGCCUGGAGAAGUAUCGUGCGGGGACUUUGACGCUCACUGAGUUUGCAAGUAUGAUCAACAGUAGAAGCCGUGGCUUGGAGCUUAACAUCCAGUCCAGCAGUGCUGAGGACGUUGCCACUUGCAGCAGUCCCACACAGAUCGCACCAUCAUCUCCAACCGUCCGCAAACGUUUCUCUGGCAUAUCCAUCACACUCUCCCCUCCAGCUGAUAUUUUUGAUGAUCAGAGCCCUGUGGGAGCCAUCUUUGAUACAGAGACCCUAGAGAAGAUAACCAUCUCUGAGGCCCAGCGGCGUGGUAUAGUGGACAACAUCACCGCUCAGAGAUUCUUGGAAGCACAGGUUUGUACGGGAGGUGUAAUAAAUCCUUCCACUGGCCAAAGACUCUCUCUGAAAGAUGCCGUACAACAGAGCAUCAUCGACGAUGACAUGGCUGCCAAACUGAAACCAGCACAGAAGGCUUAUGCGGGUUUCGAGGAUGUGAAGACCAAGAGGAAACUGUCUGCCGCCGAGGCCAUCAGGGAAAAAUGGCUGCCUUACGAGGCAGGCCAGAGGUUCUUGGAGUUCCAGUAUCUGACAGGAGGACUUCUCGAGCCUGAAACUGGCCGGCGGGUUUGCAUUGAAGAAGCUAUACGAAGAGGAUGGCUUGAUGGCAAAGGAGCACAAAAGCUGCAGGAUUCGAGGACCUACAUUAAGAACCUUACUUGUCCUAAAACCAAAUUGAAGAUCUCAUACAAAGAGGCGAUGGAUAACUGCAUGGUGGAGGAGAACAAUGGCAUGAAGAUGCUCCAGGCUACUUCCAUGUCUUCAAAAGGAAUAAGCAGCCCCUACAAUGUGUCCUCUGGCCCAGGCUCUCGCUCAGGAUCUAGAGCAGGGUCUCGUACUGGCUCACGCAGGGGCAGUGUUGACUACACUUCAAGUAGUUAUAGUGCGAUGACACUUAGUCAAGUCAAGUCUUAGUAAGACAAAUGCUAAUUCCUAUUCUUAAGAUGUAACAAGAGUUUCUAUUCAUGUUUUAGGUGUGGGGUUGAGUUGAGUUGACAUCAGUUUUUAUAUAGAAUAUACAUUUACUAAGAUUUGAAUGACCAAACUAAUGAUGAUGCUUUUCCUUGGGUGGGUUUAUCAAGAUGCGGUUUUAGAUUAGCAAUGUGAUGUGAUUAUUUACAAGGGAAAUUAACGAUUCUUUUAUAACAUUCAGCAUAUUGUUUUUUUAACAAUGUCUCACUUGGCUUUUCUGAUAUAUAAACAUUUGCACCUUUUAUCUAAAUCUUUUGCUUAUUUGGCUUCUAUAUCAACAUGUAUUCAGAAACAUCAAAGCUUGUUGUUCUUUUAAUUGAUGGGAUUGUUUAUAAGGUAAUAUGAACAAUAAAGCAUAUUAUUCUAUCAAAAUGUAAAA